CAAUUCUUUGCCACUGGAUAAUGGAAAAGAAUGACUCAAUGACAUUCAUAAAGAAAGAAGACCAAAGGGAGCAAAGAAUCAUGGAGACAGAAAAGAAGGUAUGGGCAUGUGACUUCUUUUAUCUAAUUCUAGGACAAGACAGAUAACAACCCUUUUUAACUCUCUCUAUAUAUUUACUCAUUUGCUUUCAUUAUUCAUUCCAUUUGGACUAUUCCCAAUUUCCCAUCCUUCAGAAUCCAUGGCAAGGUUUGUCCUUUCCUUAAUACUUCUCUCCUUUGCUCUCUACAUGGCUGGCAUGAUAGUGUCUGGCUCUAGUCCCACAGACUUCAUCAAGUCCUCGUGCAAGGCAACACGCUAUCCUGAUUUAUGCGUUGAGUGUCUAUCAGGAUAUGCUAGCGCGAUUCAACAAAAUGAAAAACAUUUAGCUGAAGUUGCUUUGUCAGUGAGUCUAGCAAGGGCUAAAUCAGCCACUGAUUAUGUAACUACAUUAACUAAAGUUAGAGGAAUAAAGGCUAGAGAGUAUCAAGCUGUGAAAGACUGCAUAGAGAAUAUGGGAGAUAGUGUAGAUAGACUAAGUCAGUCAAUCAAGGAGCUUGGCCAUAUGGGUGGAGCUGUUGGUCAGGAUUUUGUUUGGCAUAUGAGUAAUGUGCAGACUUGGGUUAGUGCUGCAUUAACUGAUGAAAACACUUGUCUUGAUGGUUUUGCUGGCCGUCGUAUGGAUGGAAGUGUGAAGGCUGCCAUUAAGCAUAGGAUUACCAAUGUUGUUAAAGUCACCAGCAAUGCACUUGCAUUAGUUAAUCGCUUUGCAUCUAGACACCGCAGUUCUGCAUCUGGUGAAAAGCCUUAGAUUUUUGUCUUCGUGGAUUGUUGUUUCUGUGUGAUACUAUAAAGUUUGUUUCUGGCUGGCCUGGUUUGUCUUCAAGCAUCUAAUCUAAGUUUGCUACCUUACAUAUAUGUAAAUGUAAACACAAAAUGAAUUGAAAUGAGUGUUGUGUGAUAACUGUGGCUCUGUUUCUUGUAAAAUAGUAAUUAAACAUGAUCAAUAUAUAUACAUCUCUUUCUUUCUAAGUCAA